AUGACAGCCCCACCUUCAAAGCUCAAACUAUGGGGCGGCCGUUUCACCGGCAAAACCGACCCCCUCAUGCAAAUGUACAAUGAGUCCCUCUCUUACGACAAACGGAUGUAUGCCCAAGAUAUCCGAGGCUCCCAAGCAUACGCCAGAGCCACCUGCAAAGCAGGAAUUCUCACCACAGAAGAACGUGACACCAUAAUCUCGGGUCUUGAAAAGGUCCGAGAAGAGUGGGCUUCGAACACUUUCGUUAUCCACCCUGAAAUUGACGAAGACAUCCAUACCGCUAAUGAAAGACGAUUGGGUGAGAUCAUUGGUACUCAUAUCGCCGGUAAAUUACAUACUGGAAGGUCAAGGAAUGAUCAAGUGGCUACAGAUAUGAGACUGUGGCUGCGAGAUGAGUUGGAGGAGAUUGAAGGGUACUUGAUUGAAUUCUUGAGAGCGACGGUAGAGAGGGCUGAAGAGCAGAUUGAUGCCCUGUUACCGGGAUAUACCCACGUUCAACGUGCACAACCGAUUAGAUGGAGCCAUUGGCUUAUGUCACACGCAUUCAUGUUCCUAUCGGAUCUUGAGCGACUAAGGGAGUUGAAGAAGCGAGUGAACAAGUCGCCUCUGGGAUGUGGUGCUCUCGCCGGGAACCCAUUCAAUCUCGACCGGGAGUUUUUGGCAAAGGAGCUUGGGUUCGAUGGAUGUAUCCAGAACAGCUUGAUCGGAGUCGCAGACAGAGACUUCGUCGUUGAGACACUACAAUGGUCAACCUUGAUGAUGAAUCAUGUGUCCAGGUGGAGCGAGGAUUUGAUCAUUUAUUCCACUGCAGAGUUUGGAUUCGUCACUUUGGCAGAUGCAUACAGCACCGGUAGCAGUUUGAUGCCACAGAAGAAGAACAGCGACAGCUUGGAGUUGUUGAGGGGAAAGAGUGGGCGAGUAUUCGGCCAGAUGGCCGGCUUCCUAUACACCGUCAAAGGUCUCCCAAGCAGCUACAACAAAGACCUGCAAGAAGACAAAGAACCACUAUUCGAUUGCGUCACCACCGUCCAGAACUCCCUGCAAAUCGCAACAGGAGUAGUAGCAACCUUGACCAUCUACCCAGAGAAGAUGAAGGCCGCCCUCACAAUGGACAUGCUUGCUACCGACUUGGCAGACUACCUCGUCCGAAAGGGCGUCCCAUUCAGAGAAACACACCACAUCAGCGGUGCCUGUGUUCGAGAGGCUGAGAAGCGGAAACUAAGCGGUAUUGAUCAGCUUGGUUUAGAAGUUCUUCAAAGCAUCGACGAGAGGUUCGGAGAAGAUGUUUUGGAGGUGUUUGAUUUUGAGAGGAGUGUGGAAUUGAGGUCAUCUACUGGCGGUACCUGCAAGGCGAGCGUGAUCAAACAGAUCGAGGAGCUUACGAAGGUUUUGCAACGAGCUCCUAGUGGAGUAGUGGAGAAUUAA